AUGAGUUCGACUGCUGCGUUGCUCGCAUGGGCCUGCGCCCUCCUCCUCCUCUGCCACUGCUGCAGCUCCGCGCGGAUUAGCGUGGGCCGGCAGGAGGAGCGAGAGCAACCGUACGGACAACUCACGUUCCAGCAGGGGAUGUGCGGGAUCGAGCGGCUGAGCGCGCUCGAGCCCUCGCGCCGCGUGCAGUCGGAAGCCGGUGUCACCGAGUACUUCGACCAACUCCAGCAGCAGAUGCAGUGCGCCGGCGUGUCCGCGUACCGCCGCACAAUCCAGCCGCGUGGCCUCCUCCUACCGUUCUUCUCCAACGCUCCCAAACUCAUCUACAUCGUCCAAGGAAGGUGUGUCGGUGGAAUGGUGAUCCCUGGUUGCCCGGAGACGUUCCAGUGGACGCAGCAAGCGGCAGGGCAGCAAUGGGGCGAGAUGGAGGAAGCAGGGCAGGAGCAGAGGUUCCGGGACGAGCACCAGCGCAUCCAACAGUAUCGCGAGGGCGACGUCAUCGCCGUGCCUAACGGAGUUGCACACUGGUUCUACAACAACGGCGAGGUUCCCCUCGUUGCCAUCACCAUCUCCGACGUGAGCAGCGGCGCCAACCAGUUGGAUAACCUUCACAGGGACUUCCUAUUGGCGGGGAGGGAGAGACGAGCAGAGCAAGGUGCACAAAUGGAGAGGGCAGAAGAGAGAAAGGAAGUCAAUCUCCUCAGUGGCUUCGACACUAACUUGCUUGCGGAGGCACUGGGCGUGGACAGGGAGGUAGCGAAGAAGAUUCAGAAUCCGGAAGACAGGAGAGGAGACAUCGUCCUGGUGGAGAGAGGACUUGAGAUGUUGCGUCCAUCACGGUGGAUGGAACAACAAGUGCAGCAGCAAGAAGAGCAGGAAGAACGACAGGGUCAAUGCCCGAGGAAUGGACUAGAGGAAACCUACUGCACCUUGAAGAACAAACAGAACAUGGCCGAUGCGAUGCUCGCUGACUACUACAAUCCACGAGCUGGAAGGAUUACCCUUCUCAACAGCCAGAAGCUUCCCAUGCUCAGAUUCAUCCAGAUGAGUGCUGUGAGGGGACAACUGCGAAAGAAUGCUCUUGUCGCUCCCCUAUGGAACGUGAAUGCUCAUAGCAUAAUGUACGCAUUGAGGGGAAGUUGCCGGAUGCAAGUGGUUGGACACCGAGGGCGCACUAUCUUCGACGGUGAACUCCGACAGGGUCAACUGUUGGUGGUUCCUCAGCAUUUCGUUGUGGUCAUGCAAUCGCGGAGCGAGCAGUUUGAGUGGAUCGCCUUCAAGACCAACGACAAUGCCAUGGUGAGCCAAGUCGUAGGAAAGGCUUCCGUGCUUCGUGGCCUGCCGGUUGAGGUGCUCAUGAACUCGUAUCGCAUCUCUCGGGAGGAGGCCAGACGACUCAAGUUCAACAGGGGAUCUGAGAUGUCCAUCUUCGCACCAAAGUCUGUGAGGGAACUACAGUGA